GAGAGAGGGAGGAUGCUGCCAGCGGAAAAUGGCUGCUGCAACCUCAAGCCUAUCCUGAUACACCGAAACGACAUCAAGGUGGAGAGAGAGAGACGGAGAAAGAGAGAGGAAGAUUAGGAAAAUGAGAGCAGAUGGAGGGAGAAUGUGAGUGAGCCUGAGUGUUUCCUGAAAGGAGGAUUAAAAGAAGGGAGAGAGGAGACCCUGGGGUGGGCUGCUGCAAGCGGCGGGCAACACCGAGCCAUGGAGGGCGAUGUGCGUGUUCGUGCCGUGGUGAUGACACGUGACGACUCCAGUGGCGGUUGGGUGCCCCUUGGAGGUGGCGGCCUCAGUCAUGUGGUCAUAUGUAGAGGGCGGAGUCACGACGGCAGGGGGCGGAGAGAGUACAUCAUACGUGGAGAAAGACUGCGAGACCGAGCACCGGUGUUGGAGUGUGCAGUGCAAAGGGGGUUAGUGUAUAACAAGGUGAAUCCCAUCUUCCAUCACUGGCGAGUAGAAGAUCGAAAGUUUGGCCUUACAUUCCAGAGUCCUGCUGAUGCCAUUUCCUUUGAGAAAGGACUGCAGACUGUCAUAGACAAGCUUGACAGAGGCUCUGACUCGCCCUCAUCCUCCACUCCAGAAGAAGCAGACACUGAGGAUGAUGGACAAGCUUCCCAUACAGGAAGUGAAUCUUCAUCCAACAGCAGAAAGGAGAUGCUUCCCAAACCCAUCACCAUAGUGACAAGUGAGUCUUCGUCUACCUGUUUCGUGCGGCCGGAGGAGUUUAGCUUUGGAUCCAGCCAUGCUGUUACCACUCACACACCUGCUCAGAUCCACACCAGGCCCGGACAGCACCAGCUCUCACAAAUGACAACUGUGUUGAAUCCCCCAGCGCCCCCACCCCCACCCCCUGCUCCACCUACACCUCCUGUUGGUCCCCCAGCCUCAUCACCUCUGUCCCCCCUAUCACCCACCAUUUCGCUGCUAGAGGAGGGAGAUCUGCGCAGUGUGGACCCUUGCAAAGAUCUGUGGGGUUCUCGAGGUUAUGAGGAUUACAGACGCGCAGGGGCAACAAGGACUAUGGUUGGGGGGCUGACGGGCGGCGUGGUUGUUGGUGGUGGAGGAAGUCUGCAGGACAAGUCAGAGCUGUGUGUGGUUCGCUUUGAGAAGGAGCUGGCGGGUGUGGGGACGGCAGGCUGUGAGGUGACUGUGAGCCUGGACAGUAAAGCCUCUCAGCGUCUGUCCUCAUCGUCGCCUACCUGUAUGUCCAUGCCCAACGCUGUGUCAGGAGGUUCCUCAGGUGCUGGCUCACCCCAGGAGACGGGCAAAGGCUCGCCUUCUCCCUGCUGCAUCCACACCUCAAUGGCCACGCCUCGUUCCCGGACUCGUAAGAGAGGAGGAGGGGCCAACAGCAGCGGUGACCCGGGGGUAAUCUCACCUGAUGAUGACAGUUCGUGCCCUCAGGCUUCUUCUUCAUGCUCAUCCCGCUGUGUGUACUGCCGCUCUGUUUUCAGCGCUUCGGAGAAUGGGCGGGGCCGCUGCAGAGAUGCCCCGGACCCAGCCCUGCACUGCCUGCGCCAGUGGACCUGUGUGUGGUGUGCAGAAAGUCUGCUGUACCACUGCAUGUCAGACUCUGAGGGUGAGUUCUGGGAGCCAUGUUCGUGUGAUGACUCUUUGGGGGGCCACCCGCACCCCCUUUGCUGUGCUCGCUGGUUGGCCCUCCUGGCCCUGUCACUCUUCGUGCCCUGCAUGUGCUGCUACCUGCCUUUGCGCGCCUGCCUGCGAUGUGGGGAGAGGUGUGGCUGCUGUGGGGGAAAGCACAAAGCGGUCCGAUGAGACCAGGCUAGGGGGUGAAAGGGGUUUCCUGGACCAGGGGGUUUGGACAUUGAGAGACGAAAGCAUCUGUAGUGAAGAAGGUGGCAAUAAGUAGGUGAAAACAGAUCUCUCAGCAGACCCAGACCUCUGACGUGUCCCUCCAAAGCCCCAAAGCCUUCCACUGCAUUGAGCUCUUUCUCUUUUCAACCUGGGGCCUUCCUCACUGGUCCACGCCUGCUGCAGGUGCACUGCUCUCAGACCAGGCUCUGUGGGAGUAAGCUGGAACCUUUAUUGUGGAUUUACUGAGGGAUGGCUGAUCUAGAGUUAGCUGUCUGGGACUAUCAUAGAAAGAUGGUGGCAACAAUGUGUACACUGUUUCAAAUGUCUGUUUGUUUUGUUUUUUUAUUUACAGAGAAAAUCUAAAAAAAAUGUUUAUAUAUAUGAUUGUUAAAAUUUUAAUUGGUAUAUUUUAUUAAAUGUAAAACACAUUGACAGAGUCCCCAAAUGGCACACACAUCCACGUAUUCAAAGACAUGAAAUCUUGGGGAAGAUUUUUGUUUCAUGUUGGCCUGUUUGUCGGUCAGAUGAAAAGACGUCACCCUUUACCUCUAAUUUUACCUCAGAUGUAACUCAAAACUUGGCUUUGAAUGGGGAAAAAACGGAGAUAGUGGCUUGGAGUAAGCAAGCACAAGUGUGUGCAGUCUUUAAAGAAAAGCAUCUGAGACUACUAGUAUUGUCCAUUAGUCAAAGUACCACAGUGAGAGAUAGGUUAUCAAAAGCAGAGACAAUUAUCGUUAAGGGAAGCUGCAAUGACAACCACAAAGACUUUAAAGUCAUAUUGUGAUCCAUAAUGGUCCUGUGUAACCAAACUUACUUAUGUUUUCUGGAAAGAAAAAGGAAAGAGAAUGUGUGUCCCGUAGUAAACACUUUCACUUUGCACAUCUUUCUCCCAUUUUUUUCAUGUAUUUUUAAUACUAAUCAUAAAAAACAUCACAUGCCACCACUGUACUUGUUGAAUCAGACAAGGUGCUUAUAACUGAGGCCUCUGAGUGAGUCUAUUCUACCUUCUAUACACAAUGACCACACACUCCCCAAAGAAAAACAAAAGGGACCCUGUGUUAAUUAGCCUGCAGAUACGUCUAGGUCUUUAAAGGAGAUGCGACCAAAAAAAAGAAAAAAGAAGUGCAAUGAACACUGUGUUCAAAGAGUAUUUUUGUAUCAGUUGUUCUCUUUAGGAAUAAUUUAGUUGAAACAGGAAAAGUGUUGGACCUGAAGAGGGUAGCGUGUUACUUUGUUUGAUAUCGAGCAUAAAAGGUAGAAAAGGAACACAAAACUGAGCAGCAGCUCGCAGUUAUAAUCGAUACUGUAAUCGUGUGUGCUGCAGACUGUUGACCCUAUGAUGAGAAGAGGCAACUAUACUUGAAAAAAAAUGAGUGAAGGUGGGUUGAUUUUGGACCACAGAGGCAGUCAUGUUGCUUUAACUAAAAUCCAGAAGCUGCUAUUGGAAGUGCUGCCUGAACGCUAUUUGAUCCAAAAAGUCAGACUGCCUCUAAGAAACCUGAGGUGUUUCAGUAGGAUCAGAAAAGAUCCUCCAUUUUAAUCCAAUCAAGAUGCAGAAAAUGCAAAAUAGCACACGAACAUUU